UUUCCAAAAAAAUUUCAUUUCCCCUUCUCUCUCCUUCCUCUCCUCUGGUUCAACGUAACUUCAAUUUCCCGUUUUCCUCUCUUCCCCUCUCUGGUUUCUCUCCUUCCCCUCUCUGUUUCAAACUUCCUGCACACACCGCACUGUUGUUCCCCCACCGCCGCAUCACCACAGAUGUUCCCCCACCGCUCACCGCUGUUGUUCCCCCCGCCGCUGGCCGCUGCAUCCCUGCUGUUCCACACCGCCGCGUCGCUCCUCCUUGUAUCUUGUAGGAGGACACCCCGAACAUCAAUCAUUAGCUUUCUUAAAUUUGUUCGAUGAAGUUCAGCGGGAAUGGGAGAUGCACUAAGAAGUUCAGGAGGACAUCCAGUGAUGCCAAGAAACGAAAAGAAGAUAGAUGCAGAAAAGCCACGGCAAGAAACUUUCAGAGAAGGUAUGUUGGUAGAGGUUAAAAGUGAUGAAGAUGGUUACCAUAGAUCCUGGUACGGAGUCACUAUUAUCAGAUUGUUUGGAAUGGAUAAUUUCCUGGUAGAAUAUGACAGUCUGAAAACUAAUGAUGAGAACCAGCCUUUAAGAGAAGAAGUGUCUCCUACUGAUGUUAGAUCUUUGCCUCCUUGUAAUCUGCACCAUGGUCAUUAUAAGCGUCUUGAUGAAGUAGAUGUGUGGUGUGCUGGUGGAUGGUGGAUAGGUGAAAUCUACAAAGUUCUGAACAGAAAGAAGUACAUUGUUCAAUUUGCUUUUACAGAUGAUAAACGAGAAGUUGAUCAUUCGAGUUUGAGAUCUCACCAAGAUUGGAUUCACGGAAAAUGGAUAACCUCCAAGGUAGUGCACAAAGGUGACAUUUCUACGAGCUAUUCACCAGCAGCUUGCUCUAGAAUUCCGGGAUGCCUAGACUGUGCAACACACUGUUCACCAGCAGUUUUUGAUAUGCUCCUCUACGACCAUUUUCGACUUAGGUAUUGGAAAAAUUGUCAAAGAGAAAGUCUGUGUUCAUACUAGCCGUGACAUACGCAACAUUGCAAGCUAGUUGGUUAACAUGUGGAUUGAGGUUUUCCGUAAGGAGAAGACUACUAAUGGUGGCUUGAAGUUAUUGAGAAACAUGAAAAAUUCAGCAUAUACAUGUGCAGCAUUCUGCAGCUGGAAAUAAGGUCAAUCCGAGCUCAAAGAAGCUAGCUGUAAAACAAGUGAAAUUAGAAACUGGGUUUGGCUCAAAAAUAGAUGAUCGAUCAUCAGCAUCACAAGUUUCAAACGGCGGACCAGGUAACAAGUUAGAGGAAGAUGGGAACGUUCUGUUGUCUGAAGAAGAACAAGCUGCUCUUGCAUCUGCAGAUGCUGCUCGUGCUGCUACUCUAGCGGCUGCUGAGGUAUUCAAUAAUCCGAGGGAGCGGCCUUUCACCUUUGAGGAGAUACAUGAAGUUUGAGAAAUGUUGGCAAACGUCAUUAGUAGUGAUUGUCUUUGAUAUUUUCUUGUACUGAAUCUUAAAUUAUGGAUGCUAGUUUUUUUAUAUAAUUGUAAUGUAAACGACUUUUAUAUUUACAAUUAUAUACUAUUUAUUUUAAUUAUCUAUAUAAUUGGAUAGUUUUUAUAUGA